CCUCGCGUUUGUCCAAUAUGGCGGCGCCCAGUGGCGGUGUGAACUGUGAAGAGUUCGCCGAGUUCCAGGAUUUUGGCCAUGCUCACACACGCAUCUGGUAUAAACCAUGAAGGCAGCUGUGUGGGAUCCGGCUGCCUUAACCACUGCACCGCCAGCUGGCCCAUCUUCUUACAAGGACACCAGUUCUAUUGGAGAAUUACUCAAGGUGAUGAGGACAAUUGAUGACAGAAUAGUACAUGAAUUAAACACUACGGUUCCAACAGCUUCCUUUGCAGGGAAAAUUGAUGCCAGCCAAACCUGUAAACAACUUUAUGAGUCUUUGAUGGCAGCUCAUGCCAGUAGGGACAGAGUCAUAAAAAAUUGUAUAGCCCAGACCUCAGCAGUAGUAAAAAGCCUCCGAGAAGAGAGAGAAAAGAAUCUGGAUGAUUUAGCAUUAUUAAAGCAACUUAGAAAAGAGCAGACAAAGUUGAAAUGGAUGCAAUCAGAACUGAAUGUUGAAGAAGUGGUAAAUGACAGAAGCUGGAAGGUGUUUAAUGAACGCUGCCGAAUUCACUUUAAGCCUCCAAAGAAUGAAUAAAGAAAGAAAGAUACUUUUCUUUUUUUAAAGGACCCAGUCAUCUCCUAAGAGCUAAGCAUGACAGACAUCAACAAGGCGGGCUUCCUAGGAUUACUGAGCCAACAGUCCAAGACCUUUUGUUGAUUUCAGCCCCACUUAGCCAAGACCUCAAAUAUAAAUAAUUCUGAUAAUUAUGGAGAAAUCAAUUACUAUUUUAUACUGAUUCUGUAAAGAAAAAGUUUUGUAACUAUUAAAAUAAUUUUCUGACUCAUU